UCCUGCCUCAGUUUCCCCUCCUGCCCGCCCCCUCCCCUGCGGGGUGCACUUCCCCACCCAGACUGGGGCAAGCCAGGACGAUCUGGUGCCAUGACGCAGCCUCUCUGGAUCCGGUGUCCUUGCCCCGACACUUCCGACCGGGACAGCUGGGCUGGGCAGGACUUGAGGCUCGUGGCCCCACGCCGAGCGCCGGCAAUGGCGGCCCCCCGGCUGCUGCUGCUGGGCACGGCGAGCCUCGUGCUGCUCCUCCCGGCCGCGGGCCAAGUGCCGGAUCCGGCCCCGUCGGGCUGCGGCAAGGAGCUGUCGCCGCUGUACUACGCUCUGUGCAACCUGUCGGCGCCCUGGGGCGUGGCGGUGGAAGCCGUGGCCAGCCUGGGCAUCGUGACCAGCUUCGUGCUCACCAUCGUGCUGGUGGCCAGCCUGCCCUUCACCCAGGACCCCCGCAAGCGGAGCCUGGUGGGCACCCAGGUCUUCUUCCUGCUGGGCACCCUCGGGCUCUUCUGCCUGGCUUUCGCCUUCGUGGUCGGCCGGGAUUUCUCCACCUGCGCCGCCCGGCGCUUCCUCUUUGGCGUGCUCUUUGCCGCCUGCUUCUCCUGCCUGCUGGCUCACGCGCUCAGCCUCAACCUGCUGGCACGGCGCAACCGGGGGCCGCGGGGCUGGGCCACCUUCGCAGUGGCCGUGGCGCUGGCGGCCGUGGAGGCCAUCAUCAACGCUGAGUGGCUGCUCAUCACGGUGGUGAGGAACGGGGGUGCCACCCCGGACCCCUGCGCCGUGGCCAACGAGGACUUCGUGCUGGCGCUGCUCUACGUCAUGCUGCUGCUGCUGGCCGCCUUCGUGGCAGCCUGGCCCCCGCUGUGCGGCCGCCACGCGCACUGGAGGAAGCACGCUGUCUUCAUCCUCCUCACCGCCGCCCUCUCGGCAGCCAUCUGGGUGGUCUGGAUCGUCAUGUACGUCUACGGCAACCGGCAGCGCGGCACGCCGGGCUGGGACGACCCCACACUGGCCGUCGCCCUCGUCGCCAACGCCGGCGUCUUCCUCCUGCUCUACGCCAUCCCCGAGGUGACGCACGUGACGCGCCCAGGCCCCGAGCAGACCUACGAGGACGACGGGUACCCGACGCGGGGCGUGGGCUACGAUACCAUCCUCAAGGAGCACAAGGCUCAGAGCAUGUUUGUGGAGAACAAGGCUUUCUCCAUGGACGAGCCCACCUCAGCCAAGAAGCCCGUGUCCCCGUACAGUGGCUACAACGGGCAGCUCCUGACGAGCGUGUACCAGCCCACCGAGAUGGCUCUGAUGCACAAGGGGCCUCCCGAGAGCCCCUACGAUGUCAUCCUGCCCCGUGCCACAGCCAACAGCCUGGCCAUGGGCAGCGCCAACUCCACCCUGCGUGCCGAGGACGUCUACGCCGCCCAGGCCCGGCAGGCCGCGGGCCCCAAGGACGGCAGGGGCCAGCAGGUCCAUGACGAUGGGGCGGCCACGGGGCGGGCGGCUGGAACCCGGGAACUUCUGGCUCUGAUCUUUGACCCCAGGCAAAGCAUGAGCCGUGUCCUGACAUCUUUCCCUCCGCCACCGACGCCCCGUACAGCAAGAGCAGGUGGUAACGGCCUGCGCCCCGAAUCCUGCAGUGCCACCCGCCCCGUUCCUCUGCGGAGGGGCUGCUGAGCCGCGCCUUCCCCCUUGCCCACUGCAGCCACGCCGGGGGUCAAUGCCGGAGCGCCCGGCAGGGCUGAAACGGAGACUGAGAGCCAGCCCGUGGGGAGCCCGGAGAUCCACAUGCCCCCGCCAGCCCAGAGCCCGUCCCGGACAUGAACGGCCUUUCCACCGGGAUCAGCGACAGCCGUAGACUGCCCCACCGGGCAUCUGGACCCCAGCAACUGCCCCUGAGCCCCCCCAGCAGGGACCCGGGGGCUCGAGGGCAGAGCUGCUCCUAGGAAGGACUCUAGGAUCUGUCGGUGCCUUCGCGGGGCUGAGCCAGGGGCCGCCUGGGCAGCCCUCCCCGCUCUGUUCUAGGACCCACUGGGUCCCCCUGACUCCCCUGUGCCAAGCCCCGUGCCAUGCUGAGGCAGGCACGAGGCAGCAUCCUUAAUCAGGCCUAGGAGCCCUGCCACCGCCCGCCACCUUCUGUGCCUCAGUUUCCCCCUCUUGCCAAGCGGAGCUAACAGCACUGAGCUCCCCGUCCCAGCUCGCUCCCCACCUGGGGAGAGAAAGCACCAUCCUAGUGCAAGGAGGCCGAGAUGGCCUCUGCCCUGCACAGCCCCGCAGCCUUUCUCUGCGGUCGCAGCGUUCAGUGCCUUCCUACCGGGGCUCCUCCUGUCCUGGCAAUUUGGUUUUUUUAAGCUGUAUCUGCAAGCAUGUCUGUCCCCAGGGCAGCCCCCACCCCAUCCAGCUCCGAUGCCCCAGGGCCGCCCACAUGUGUGCACGUCACAGGCGUGUGAAGGGCCACGGGGACAAGUGUCAGCGAGCAGGGGCUGGGGUGGGGGCUGUUAUCUUCUCCCUCGGGGGGGCUUUGGGCUUUCUCUCUCUCUUUUUUUAGGGCAGACUCCACGCGUAAUAAAGCCGCCGGGUUUUUUCCUU